GAGGCGAUGCCCUUUGUGGAGAGGUCUUGUCACAGCGGACAGACUGCACUCACAAUCAGGACGCAAGGAAACGAAGAGGAGAAUUGCAUUAAAAAAGGACAAUUCUUUCCCCAACUGCCCAGGAGGGGUGUUGACUGUGGGUGUUUGAGAAGCCCUUUGUUGCUUGAAAAAAACAGUAGCGAAGAAUAUGCACUGUGGACUAGCUGUAUGUUUUAUGAACAAGUAUGCUGUUAGGGCGCUCGCACAAGUCUCUCCAACUCUUUGGUUCGCGGAAAAGUCAGUGCUGUGCAGUUUUAACAGAGAAACUGUUUUGAACACUUCGGAAGACAAAAAGCUUACGGUGUAUGCUCUUUGCGUAUUGUUUUUGGAGACUUGUGGGCUGCGCGCCACCUGUACUUUAUCUAACAGUACAUUAUCAAAGUGGAUCUGUUUUCUCUCAUUCUUCAUGUUACUGUCUGCUAAGUUUGUUUUCAUUUGCCAUCAUGACCGUUCUUAGCAUUUUUUCCUGGGGAAUUUGAGUUCUCAGCUCCAUUAAACGCCUCACAAUUGUAACAAAUUAAGUUAAAAAGGGGUGUGUGGAAGAUAGAACUUCAAGCAUAGGCUACCGCAAUUUGUGGAUAUUUCUUCGAGGGAUGCCAAUGGACAGAUACGCAGACAUGGAGGACAAACUGCGCAUUUUGGAGGACCUGAACAUGAUGUACAUCCGCCAGAUCGCCCUGAGUUUACAGGACAGUGACAUACAGAAGAAAAUAGACCAUGAGAUCCGGAUGCGUGAUGGAGCCUGUAAGCUGCUGGCUGCCUGCUCCCAGAGAGACCAGGCCCUGGAGGCCUCCAAGAGCCUGCUCACCUGCAACACCCGCAUCAUGGCCUACAUGUCGGAGCUGCAGAGGAUGAAGGAGGCCCAGGUCAUGCAGAGGGUCGCACUAAGGUCAUCUGACGCAGGGCCCACGGACGACAGACUACCCUGUAAGGGAAAGGUGGCCAUCUCAGAUCUGCGGAUCCCUCUCAUGUGGAAAGACACGGAGUACUUCAAGAACAAAGGAGUCAGCAGCUCACUGACAAGCAGACAUUCCUACAAGCUGCAUCGGUGUGCAGUGUUCUGUCUGCUCCAGGUGGGAGCGGAGAUUCACGACACAGACAUGGUGAUGGUGGACCGGACGCUCACCGAUAUCUGCUUUGACAACACCAUCGUCUUCAGCGAGACCAGUCCAGGAUUUGAGCUGCGCGUGGAGCUGUACAGCUGCUGUUCAGAGGAGGACUACUCGUCAGGGAGCACGCCCAGGAAACUAGCCAGCAAACUGAGCAGCUCACUGGGCCGCUCGGCAGGGAAGAAGCUCCGCGUCGCCAUGGACCCUGGAGCCUGCAGCCCUAUCAGCAAUGGAGGAGGAGCCACACUGCUGCUACCUCUGCCCUCAGUGGUGGGACCGAAGUACCAUCUCCUGGCCCACACCACCCUGUCACUGUCACACGUCCAGGACAGCUUCCGCACGCAUGACCUCAACAUCUCAGGCAACGACGACUGUUCCUACUGGGUGCCUCUCUACGGCAGUGUGUGUUGUCGCCUGGCUGCUCAGCCUCACUGUAUGACCCAACAGAUGAUGAGCGGCUGCUUGAAGGUCAAGCGCCUCUGUCUCUCACAGCAGUUGGGAGGUGACCUUCAGAGUUGGACAAACAUCUACGGCGUCCUUAAAGGGACAAACCUUUUCUGUUACCACCGGCAAGAGGAUAUGGAGGCUAACGUAGAGCCAGUUUUUACCAUUGCCAUCAACAAGAAGACAAUAAUAGGGGUGUCGGAGAAGGACCUCCACAGUAAGGCCCAGAGUAUCUGUAUCAGUAACCAUUAUGGAGGAGAGGAGGUGACACAUACACUCUCGGCAGACAGUCGUGAAGAAACACACCGCUGGAUGGAGGCCUUCUGGCAACAGUUCUAUGACAUGAGCCAAUGGAAGCAGUGCUGUGACGACUUGAUGAAGAUUGAGCUGCCAUCGCCCCGGAAACCAGCCCUGGUCGCAUCGAAACAGGGUUCUCUUUACCACGAAAUGGUUAUUGACACCUCUGAUGACAUCAACACGGUGACGAACAUCCUGACGCGGCGGAUGCAGGAGCUGGAGCUGAGGAGCCAGCUGGGGACCUCUCCUCACUGGAUGUCCCUGUUCGAGGAGUCUCCUGGUCGCCCCCACACCCGCCACUGCCUCCCCCACAGCCCCCUGCGCUGCCCCUGGCCCGGCCUGCUCUCCUCAGACGCCAGCCUGACCUCUGACAGCGACAGCCCCUGCAGCACCAGCCCUUGCUCCCGCCACAGUGGCUGGGCCAAGCCCCUCUCCCUCUCCUCCCCCUCCUCACGCUUCCGUCCCCGCACCCUCUCCCUGGACGCCAAGCUCAGCACCCUCAGGGGCAGGGGGUAUGGAGGGGUGUUACAGUGCUCCUGUCAGCCCCCCUCCUCCUCCUCCCUUGCCCCCAUCCCAGCCCAAGGCGUUCCCCAGGCCACCCUGUCCUGCUCCAGCUCUACCUCCAGUAACAGCUCCAGCGAGGGCAGCCACAGCCCUGAGUUGUCAGACGGCACCUCUUUCUCACGGCCCUCUUCGGCCCGUCGGAGUCUCAGGAACUUGAGGGCUAAACUGGACCCCCGAAAUUGGCUCCAGAGCCAGGUAUAACCCAGCUCAGACCCCCAGAUCACCCAAGGUCCUGGUAAGAACUGACAGGAAGGAAGCCCCCACUUCCUCUCUGAAGAAAGAGCCUUGGUAUUAACUGGAAUGACUUCACUCUAAUGACAUGAUAAUUGUGAAUUGUCAGUGUAUGGGAAUGUUUAGUAUGUGAAUGUGGUCAUAGGUUUGUUGGUGUUACUUGUGAUCUAUCCAAAUGGCUACACCCACCAUCGCCUGUAAUAUCAAUUCAAGCCUGACAGAAAAAGUCCUCUGAAACUACUAAUACACUGAUUUGCUUAUUGCAUGAUUGUGCUCGAAGUCAAGGAAUGUGUUGUUUCAGAUCUUUAAACUGCUCAGAAAGUGAAUGAAUUGAAAGCUCAACUUAAUGCAACUGUGCUCCCAUUAAUUUACUGUGCUACUUGUUGAUACUGUGAUAACAUCAGGAUCACUUACUCUGCUGAGUUUCCAGAACCUCCCCUAUAUUCAUUAACACAUUGUAGGCCUAAUACACAUCAACCAAUAUUUAUGAGAGCUCACCAGGACAUUCUGUUAAGAAACUGACUGCAAUUAUUUGUACCAAUGUACAGUGAGGGAAAAAAGUAUUUGAUCCCCUGC